AGGUGUUUUACCGACUGACCUACCCAGGCCGAUAUCCACGGCCAAAACCAUUACAUUCCUCCCUCCUUAAAUUGUCUUCGCCCUCGAAGACACAAUCCAAGUUAUUAGUAGCCACUGGCAAGACUUUCACCUGCAAGUCCAGGGGUGGUCAACGGCACCAAAUCUGUAACAGGAAAGGAGAAAAUGUUUGGCUGGACCGGAAAUCAAACCCGGGACCCCUGCAUCACGAGUCAGGGUAUUCCUAUAGGAUUAUGGAAAUAACCAAAGAGGACGUCAAAUUACCCGACAUCUCUAAAGGAAAACUAGCCUUUGUUCUGUAUAAUGUGUUUACGGAGGAAGAGUGUAACAAAUACAUAAAAGAUUCGGAGAAGAGAGGAUAUGAGCUGGCUUUAGUCAAUGUCGGCGGAGGAAGACAAGUUCAGGCUACAGAUGUGAGAAAUAGUUCUAGAAAUAUCUGGGACUCAAAAGAGGAAGCAGAUAAAAUUCUGGGUAGAAUCAGGAAGUAUCUACCUGAUAAAUGGAAAGAAAGAAAACUUGUAGAACUGAAUGAAAGGUUACGAUUUUUGCGGUAUGACCCCGGUGAAUAUUUUAAACCUCACUUUGACGGCCCCUACAUCAGAGACAAUGGAGACAAAAGCUACGUCACCGUCCAAAUCUAUCUCAACGAGGGAUUUGAAGGAGGCAGUACAACCUUUUUAGACAGUUAUGCAGGGGGAGAUUGCGGAGUAGAGGUGGUACCCAAAACAGGAUCAGUUUUGAUUUUCCAACAUGACAUCCUUCACGAAGGCUCGGAAUUAAUUAAGGGCCGGAAGUACGCCAUUAGGACUGACGUCAUGUUCGAAGCCUUGCAGUUCUAGACUGGGACAGGAUAAGUCUGCCCUGCUACAGUGGGUGAAUCCAUCGGCUUCAGAAGUGUUGUGCAAUAUUUUCUGUAGAAUAUGUUUUGGUAUUUCCAUAACACAUAACUGGAUACCAUACUAAAACUUAAAGUGUACAUGUAUAUGUAAUUAAGGAACAUUUAUACAUACUGUGGAACAUUUUAAUUCAGGGUCAAUGUUCGUGGGCAAGCAAAAUUUAAUUGGUUCAUGGUAACUCGUAGAUACAAAAGAUUCAGUGAAUAGAAAUGUUGAGAAAAUAAUUGUUCGUGGGGAUAUAUAUUCAUGGGUUAAGAUAUCCACGAACAUAGAUCCCCAACGAACAAUAAUUCCACAGUACACUUGUAUUGUUGUUUUAAAAUAAAAAUAACCGUCAUUCAAUACUACUGUAUAUUUGUGCUUAGAUUUCAUGUUACUUAACUUUUUACGUGAACAUUAUUGCAGAGAGACAUAUAUGCUAUAUAUAGCUACAUAUAUAAUGUAAAGUUGUUAAAAGUGUUGCACUUUUCUUGUUCUGUGUUGUAUGUAACUUGUGCAAAAGAUUUCAACUUUUCAUAUCAUAAGAUGGUCAACAAAAGAUUUUUUUAUUGUUUAAAAGUGUAACUUAAAUUGCUUUCAUACAUGUAUUUUCUUUUUUAAGCCAUUUGUCUUUCAAAUACAGUUCAUGAAUUCAGUAAUUGAUUAAUAGCAAGCCUUUUU